CUUCUGAUUUGUAUAAUUCUUACAUAUAUAUAUAUAAAUAACUAUUAACUACUUUGUCUAUAAUAUGUAAUUAUUGAAACUUUUACUAGGAAAUUAGUUGUAGGCCUUAUACUUUAUUUAUAUGUGAAUUUUUACCAAUUCUAUUUAAAAUUGAACCAUUGGAAAGUGGUUGGGCCGGAUGAUACUGGCCCAUACAGGUCCAUUUAUCACUUUCAUGUUCAAUAUACCAAAAUCAACCGACGCAUAGUACAAUGGAGUAAUUUGAAAAAUAUAUUUUAAGGUACAAUUUUUGAUCGUUUAAACAAAGGGAUUGCCAAAAUUCCUACUUCCCCGUUGACAGAACAAUGAGCUCACACGAUAUACGCCGUCCGUUCAAACGUCCGGCAAUCUCCGACCAACAAAGACGCCGGGAACUUUCAUUGCUCCGGCAGUCCCAAAACCGCCGCGACGCUCAGCUACAAGCUCGUCGUUUAGCUUCCACCCUCCUCUCUCUUCAAUCGACGCAGCACGACUACAACGAGCAACAGCUCGAUAUAGAAGUUACCAAAGUCCCAGCCGAACUUGAAUCCUACGCAGAAGAGACCGAGGACGAUUAUGGAGAUCACAAGGAGGCACAUCAUGAUCUUCGUCAAGCUACCAAGCUUAGAGGACAUGAAGCUCGGUUAUGGUUUGCGAAGCAGCUUAUGCAUCCCGAGUGGAUGAUUGACGUUCCCGAUAAUUUGAAUACCGAUUGGUAUGUAUUUGCUAGGCCUGCUGGAAAACGAUGUUUUGUUGUUUCUUCAAAUGGAACAACAAUCAGUAGAUUGCGGAAUGGAAUUCUCUUGCACCGUUUUCCUUCUGCUCUACCCAAUGGUGCUAGGACUAAUAACAGUAAAUCUGCUCAAUCAUAUUGUAUUCUUGAUUGCAUAUUUCACGAGUCGGAUGAGACAUAUUAUGUCAUUGACGGUGUUUGUUGGGCGGGAAUUUCAUUAUAUGAGUGUGCUGCCGAGUUCAGAUUCUUUUGGUUAAACAGCAAGCUAGCUGAGACGGGGGCUUGUGAUGCUCCUUCAACUUAUCAUAGAUAUAGAUUUAGUACUCUUCCUGUCUACAACUGUGACAAAGAGGGACUACAGACAGCUUAUGCAGGACAGGUUCCAUAUGUCAAGGAUGGGUUACUGUUUUAUAACAAGCAUGCACACUAUCAAACUGGAAAUACACCACUAGCAUUGGUUUGGAAGGAUGAGAACUGCAGCCAGUAUGUCAUUGAUACAGAUAAUAAAGGACAAGUUCCAAGUCAACAACAGGUAGUUUUGGAGCUCCUGGAUGAUGGCAGACUGGCUACAUCUGAUGACCCUCCUGUCAUAUUUGGCUGCUUACUUGGUGAAUUCGUGCAAAAGACAGAACUUCACUGCGGAGAUCUUAUAAAGUUUGCUAUAGGUGAAGGGGGUUUAGUCGUUGUUAACGGUAAACUGGAGAAGGCUGAUCUGCAAUUCCUGGGAAAAUCCAACCGUGCUCGUGCUUUUGCUGAUAGUUACUCGAAGGUCUUGUUCCAGCACGCAGCUCGGUAUUCUCAUCUGAGAAUUGAGCAUCUUUUUGCAUCAAUUAGUUCAUGUGUCGAAGAUGGAAAUUCAACUCAAGAUGCAGAGAUGGCCGGUUAAAGGCACCACACACAGGAAAAGCUUUUCAACGAAGUUGCUUAACCGAGUGAUAGGCAUGAUCUUGCUCGUCUACGCCAUUUUCUUGUUUGGAAUGUGUAUAUAUGAUUAUGACCCAAAGAAAAUACAUUUCUGCACCAUGUAAGAUGAGAAUAGUUGUGUGAAUUAGUAAGAAAGUAAAUGCUGUUUUUCGACUUCA